GAAACGGUGAAAACCUGGAUGGAGCGGUCUACACAAUUUAAGCAUGUCGUUGAGGAAAUCCAGAGGGAAGGAAAAUGUGGAAGUUUAACCCUUCAGCACCACAUGUUAGGGCCUGUGCAGAGGAUCCCGCGAUAUGAGAUGCUCCUUAAGGAUUACCUUCGCAAACUGCCACAAGACUCAUUCGACAGGACAGAUGCAGAAAAGUCUUUAGAAAUUAUUUCUACUGCUGCAAGUCACUCCAACACAGCGAUCAGGAAAAUGGAAAAUUUGAAGAAGCUGCUGGUGGUGUAUGAAAUGCUGGGAGAAGAGGAAGACAUUGUGCACCCAUCCAAUGAGUUUAUAAAAGAAGGACAGAUCAUGAAACUUGCUGCUCGCAACACAUCAACCCAGUACAGGCAUCUC